CCUUUCUCCCUCCUUCUUUUCCUCGCCCCGCCUUCCCCUCCCCAGACUUCUCUUCAACCUCUCUAUUUCUUUCCCCGCCUCGCCACCUUCCACGAUCUCGCGAGACUUGGCCCAGAACAUUGCGGAUCGGGUCGGCGCCAUUUUGGGACUGAGACUGGUUGUGGGGGAGGGAAAAGCGGCAAAAGGGGAUUAUUCAAAGUACCGAAAACCUCCUCCCGGGAUCGAGCGCAGCGGCACCCCCAGGCCAGGGGCACCUCUGGUGGGGCAGAAGGUGAUUGAAUUACUCAGAUAUGAAGAUCAUCUUCUAGGUUUUGUGUAAAAGGCCCGGAUAAUUUCAAGUGGCCAUUUUGGAGUUACAAUGUUUUUGGAUAAUUUUGCCCCAGAAGUUUAUUAAAAUUGGCAAGAGUCGUCUUUGAAGUGAAUUGAUAGUAGUGAACAAUUGAACAAACUACUUAAAGGGAGACCCAGGCGUUUCUUCAGUAUUUUUGAUUCAAGCGGAUUAUAUAACUGGUUAAAGUAUUUCAGCUGGUGGUAUUUUUUUUUUUUUGCCCCCUCCCUUCCCUGUUGUUGGUGUUCUUCAGCCAAAACUGUAAGAUAUGUUUGAGUUGUAUACUGAAUAGUUUCACCAGUUUCAAAUGACUGUUUAAAUAUUGCUGAAGUUUCAUGGCAGUUUAUUUUUACCCUUAUUAGCAGUUUUAGGAAUUUUUGACCUCAGUCCUUUUCAUGUCACAAUGGGACAGCUUUUCUAAAUGAAUACAUUGAAAGAAUACAGAAUUUUUUUCCUUUUAUCUUUUAUUUACAUGGAAAUUUAAGAUGUUGCUGUUUCCCAGCAGCAUGGUAGUAUUGAGAUAGCUAUGUGUGUCUCUGUAUGUCAUGAUAUUUAGGAAUGCUCUUCAGAUGUGAAAUUUUCUUUUUGUUUUUGCUUUUUGGCUCAUAAAUUGGAUAUUUCAUCUGGAGUGGAUAAGUACAACCGUGGCAAGUACAUGGAAUAACACAGAAGACUUCUUGAUCUUAAAUCCGAAGAACUUGGCUAAUUCUGGAUAUAGCCAUAUGAAAACUUUAAAACAGAAGUAUGGGUAGCUGACUUGAAGUAACUCUAUGUCAAAUAGUCAUAGGUUAAGUAUCUUCAGAGAACUUGCAUAUUAUUUCAGAGGAUACAAAAUAAAAAAACAAACUGGAAAACAUAAAGAUUACAGAGAAAAAACCAACACCUUCCUGUGCAGUCCUCUUGGAAUUUACAAUCUCUCUCUUUCAGGUUAGAGUACAGUGACAUCAUAUCAUACCUCACUGCAACCUCAAUCUCCUGUGUUCAAGAGAUCUUGCCUCAGCCUCUGGAAUAGGGACUUGCCAUGAGGUGUUGAAGCCUUGUUUCACUGAGUUGGAGAGACUGGACCUAAAUGGCGCAGCAUGACUUUGCUCCAGCCUGGCUUAAUUUUCCUACUCCACCAUCAUCAACAAAGUCGUCAUUGAAUUUUGAGAAGCAUUCUGAAAACUUUUCAUGGACAGAAAACCGAUACGAUGUGAAUCGUCGACGACACAACUCUUCAGAUGGCUUUGAUUCUGGUGUUGGACGUCCUAAUGGAGGUAACUUUGGAAGGAAAGAAAAAAAUGGAUGGCGUACACAUGGAAGAAAUGGUACUGAAAACAUAAAUCAUCGAGGGGGAUACCAUGGUGGAAGUUCCCGUUCUCGUAGCAGUAUUUUCCAUUCUGGAAAAAGCCAAGGACUACAUGAAAACAACAUACCUGACAAUGAAACUGGGAGGAAAGAAGACAAGAGAGAACGCAAACAGUUUGAGGCUGAGGAUUUUCCAUCUUUAAAUCCUGAAUAUGAGAGAGAACCAAAUCAGAAUAAAUCUUUAGCUGCAGGUGUAUGGGAAUAUCCUCCGAAUCCUAAAUCUAGAGCUCCAAGGAUGCUGGUCAUUAAGAAAGGUAAUACAAAAGACUUACAGCUAUCUGGAUUCCCAGUAGUAGGAAAUCUUCAGUCACAGCCAGUUAAGAACGGAACUGGUCCCAGUGUUUAUAAAGGUUUAGUCCCUAAACCUGCUGCUCCACCUACAAAACCUACACAAUGGAAGAGCCAAACUAAAGAAAAUAAAGUCGGGACUUCUUUCCCCCAUGAGUCUACAUAUGGUGUUGGCAACUUUAAUGCUUUUAAAUCAACUGCCAAGAAUUUUAGUCCAUCAGCAAAUUCAGUGAAAGAGUGUAAUCGCUCAAAUUCCUCUUCACCUGUUGACAAACUUAAUCAGCAGCCUCGUCUAACCAAACUGACACGAAUGCGCACUGAUAAGAAGAGUGAAUUUUUGAAAGCAUUGAAAAGGGACAGAGUAGAAGAGGAACAUGAAGAUGAAAGCCAUGCUGGCUCAGAGAAGGAUGACGACUCCUUUAAUUUACAUAACAGCAAUAGCACUCACCAAGAAAGGGAUAUAAACCGGAACUUCGAUGAAAAUGAAAUUCCUCAAGAGAAUGGCAAUGCCUCGGUGAUUUCCCAACAGAUAAUUCGUUCUUCAACCUUCCCACAAACUGAUGUUCUUUCAAGUUCACUUGAGGCAGAACACAGAUUGUUGAAGGAGAUGGGCUGGCAAGAAGACAGUGAAAAUGAUGAAACAUGUGCUCCUUUAACUGAGGAUGAAAUGAGAGAAUUCCAAGUUAUUAGUGAACAGUUACAGAAGAAUGGUCUGAGAAAAAAUGGUAUUUUGAAAAAUGGCCUGAUCUGUGACUUCAAGUUCGGACCUUGGAAAAACAGCACUUUCAAACCCACAAUUGAGAAUGAUGACACAGAGACAAGUAGCAGUGACACAUCGGAUGACGACGAUGUGUGAAGGAUUUCCUAACAGCUUUAGAAAUUUUAGUGUGAUACAUCUUUCAUACAGUUUGGGGUGAAUUGUAAAAAUGAAGAACUAUAAUUUAUGUAGUGAAAUACCCCAUUAGAAGAUUUUUUUGGGGGACUUCAAUAUGAAGAAAACCAAGAAUGUUGUGUUGGGCUGUGUUGAACAUUAUUUCUCUGUAAAUGAAUGUUGUAGAAAUGAGGACUUUGGUUGAUCCAGCAUUGACUUUCUUCAUCACUGCAGCAUUUCUCUGACUAGCAAUGUGACGAUGUAACAAAUGAGAUUUUCUCAUUUAAUAAUAAAAAAUUGUGUAAUGUUUUGCAAA